GUCAUGGCCUGGUGAUGUUAUGUUGACAUGAAGCUCACACAUCCUGAUUCUGUAUGUUGACUGCUAUCAAUCUGCUAGUUUUCUUCCUGCAAGUAUUAACAGAAGAAUGCAAAGGAGCGGCUCUGUUCACCACAAACACCAAGGAACAGUUCACCACAAACACCACCACACGGUUCACCACAAACACCACACAGAUCAACAAAAACACCACACCGGUCAACAAAAACAUCAACAUUCAGAUCAACAACAAGGUCAAGGAACAGUUCACCACAAACACAACGGAACAAUUCACCAUCAACACCACCACACAAUUCACCACAGACACCACACAGUCGAACACAAACCCCAGGCAGGGCAACAAAAACACCACACGGUUGAACAAAAACCCCAACAUAAAGUUCAACAAAAAGCGCAGAGCAGUGGCUCUGUUCACCACCAACACCACCACACAAUUCACCACAAACACCACACAGUUCAACAAAAAAAUCACGCCACAGCUGAGCAAAAACACCACACAGUUCAACAAAAUAACCAGGAGACGGUUCAACACAAGCACCACGGAACAGUUCACCACAAACACCACCACACGGUCCGGGCGCCACAGACGGUGGGACGAGGAGGCUUACGAUGACUACAGCGAGGGAGAAAUUGAUUACAAAGACGAGUCAGAAGAAGAAUCACGAAUCAAGAAGUUGUUGUUGAACUGGGAGAAGCUUGCACUUAAGUUCAUCUUUGCGAUCUCCUUCAUCGUGAUGAUUGUCUGCUGCAUUGUCAACUGGCUGAUGAAGUGGGUCAAGAACAUCUACAGAUCCUGUGCCGUCUGCUUCAAACUCUGCGCCGCCUCCUGCUGCUCUUGUUGCUUAGAGGGCGACGCAAACUACCAGAGAGCCAAGAUGUUUGCAGAACGGUUUGGACUGAAACUGUCGUACGAGAAUUAUAAACAACUGAUGGAUACUGCAAAGAAGGGAGCGGAGCAGGCGGCCCAGUCCCAAAUGCAGUCAAUGUGACGUCACAAUAUGGUGUUUCGACCAGUUUAAUUUGAAGCAGAAAACACAACUUUCAUAUACAUUGUAUAUAUUAAUUAUGUUACACUACAUAAAGAUUAUGACUUCUCUGUUAAUUGGUGGAGGAAUAAAAACGAAUUUAUGAUGUGGAGGAAAAAGCGGAUAAAAAGCGAACUUGGACAACCUGAAUGCUCGGUUUAGUGCCUUUUCAAAAUAUUAAUGUCCAGCGUUAUCUGAAAUAUGAAAAAAAAAAUAAAAAUGCUCGCAUUGACCAAUCAAAGAGGUAUUAUGGAGGUUGCAGAGUUUUAUUAUGAAUAAAUAAUUAAUAUUCUAUAUCGCCGUGUAUGAAUUUUUUGUCGAUUUGUGUACUUCCACGAAUUUCUCCCUUUCUUCAUGAACCACGAAGUGUUUACAAGAUAUGGGAAACCUUGGGAUAAAAAAAAAAUCAACAUAAAAUCAAAUAUUAUAAGAAAUUAAACAGCUUUCGAAAUAAUAAUUUGAUGUUCAAAUUCUGAUAUUCAGUUUAUCAAAUCACU